AUGGCCUCGCAUGGGUAUUUCUCAGCUCUUCUUCGUGCACUUGUGCUUGCAAUUCUUGCAACCUCCGCUUUCUCACAAUUGUCACCUAAUUACUAUGACUACUCGUGCCCCAACGCUUUGAGCACAAUCAAAAACGUCGUGGAGGCUGCCGUGCAGAAAGAGAAUCGUAUGGGCGCUUCUUUGCUACGCUUGCACUUCCAUGACUGCUUUGUUAACGGUUGUGAUGGUUCAAUUCUUCUUGACCCCUCACCAACCAUUGACAGUGAAAAGAAUGCAAAUCCUAAUUUCCAAUCUGCUCGAGGGUUUGAAGUGGUGGAUGCGAUCAAGCAAGCGGUGGACGAAGCAUGUGGACAACCAAUUGUUUCUUGUGCUGACAUUUUGGCUGUGGCCGCUAGAGACUCUGUGGUUGCGUUAGGGGGACCCACAUGGGACGUGCAACUCGGAAGAAGAGACUCCAUAACAGCAAGUCGUGAUGCUGCAAAUGCAGAGAUUCCAGCACCAUUUUUCAGUCUUUCUCAACUUAUAAGCAACUUUCAAAACCAUGGUCUUGACGAGAAGGACCUUGUUGUUCUUUCUGGAGGCCACACCAUUGGAUUUGCACGUUGUGUUUCGUUUAGGGACCAUAUCUACAAUGAUUCUGACAUCGAUCCCAACUUUGCACAACACCUUGCAUACAUUUGCCCAAAAGUUGGUGGUGACUUCAACCUUUCUCCUCUUGACCCAACACCUGCGAACUUUGACGUGGCUUAUUUCUCUUAUUUGGUUCAAAAGAGUGGUCUUCUUCACUCUGAUCAGGAACUCUACAAUGGUGGUUCUACUGAUGCACUAGUUAGCCAGUACAGCUAUGAUGCCCAAGGUUUCUUUCAGGAUUUUGGGAACUCCAUGAUUAAGAUGGGAAAUAUUCAACCCCUCACUGGGGAUCAAGGUGAAAUUCGUGUUAACUGCAGGAAAGUGAAUUAA